AUGAUUAUUCCAGUGCGCUGCUUUUCCUGUGGGAAGGUCGUUGGUGACCUCUGGGAACGGUAUCUGGAAUUACUCGACCAGGGUGUGGCUGAUGGGCAAGUGCAUUCAUCGCGGAAAAAUGAUCAUAUUGCAAGUUUGCAACUUCUAACGUCCGCUCUAGUGAUGCGAUGGACCAGCUGGGUUGCCGCCGCUAUUGCUGCCGUCGAAUGA